CUGAUCGCUCACGGUUACAUGGAGAAUUCUCCAGCCGGCCUCGCGUUCACCGCCAGCAUAGCUUGUGCGGGUCGAGGGCCUGCGAAACAAGGAAAACUCCUCUACAACGGAGUUCUUGACUGUCUUAGAAAAAUUUAUAUGACUGAAGGACUAGCUCACGGCCUCUAUAAAGGCAUAGGACCACUCUACCUCAGAAUAGCAGUGCACCUCAUACUACCCUAUCCCUUGUAA